UGGCGCAAAGCUUGUUUUGGUCAUGCGACAUCUGUGCCUGAACCUAUCAACUAUCAAAUUGCCGCUGUUUGUUUUGCAGCACACGUAACUGAGCUCUAGCGCAUAACAAAAAUCUUAAUUUAUCCAAGAAAAAACAACAACCAGUGUUCAAAUAUGGAUCAAACAGCUGGAAUCCGGAAUAUUAUCGAUUUCAACAUAAAGCUGCUUGACAUUUUAGAUUAUGUAGGAGAUUCCGUUAGGCCCAUCAGAGAAGGAUCUGCCGUGUAUGAUGCAAAACAUGUCGUUUGCAUCGGGUAUACGAACAGAUCAGAUCAAGAUAUUUCUAUCAAAGGAUACGUAACACAAUCCUCGCAUCCUGGUAAUAUGCCGCAUGAAAUCUGUUUGAAAAUAACAAACAAUGUUUCCGGAUGGGUCCUCCGUUGCUCGUGCAAAGCAGGAACCGGUCGUUGCAAACAUAUUGUGGCUUGUUUGCUUCAUUUGAAUCGAUCUGAUCAAGUGGAAUAUCUCUCCUGCACGGAUACACGGCAAGCGUGGGGGAUUUUGAAAUCCAAGGCAAGUGCCCCGUGGGGGGCAAAACGGGUGAGUGAGCUUUGCUGUAUAAAAACGCCGACUCGGUUGGUGCCCACUGAUCCAAAUCUAAAGGAUGAGAUAGUGAAGCAAUCUUUCACGAGGAUACUGGAAGGUAUGUAUAAAUUAACCCUCUCUUUCCCAUGGUAG